GAAAGGAACGUGCUGUCACUGAUACCCGAUCUUUGACACCCUUGCCUCCCCGGGCACCUCCAAUGCACAGCGCCGGUCCCCGUGCGCUCGGAUGGGACCGGAGACACCAGCCCUCCAGGCUAACGGUGAUCCCCGUCCGGUGCCGGGUUCCACCGCGGCCUCCGCCACCCCGACAAGACUGGACAGGCCAGAGGAUCUCAUUCCUCCGCUCUCAAGCGUUUCUAGGAUGCGGUAAGCCACUGCCAAGGAGAAAGGCUUGUGGCUUCUCCCCAGGAACAGAGAAUUUUCCAGCUGCUUUCAAUGCCUAACGUUGCAGAAACCGAAAGCUCCGAUGAUUCUGGAAAUGUUGAGCACCAAUCUGAGAGAAGGUCCCCAGAAGAGAAUCUUCCAGGCCCUGUCCAGUCUUUCUGCACAAGUGCCUCGGGAGCACCUCUGGGUUCCAAAGGCGAUGGUCACUACCCGUGGAGUUGUCCAGUGACUCAUACUCGGGAAAAGAUUUACGCCAUCUGUUCAGACUAUGCCUUCCUCAACCAGGCAACCUCAGUCUACAAAACUCCCAACCCCGCCCGCCCUUCUUGCCUCUCUGGUAGUACCUCAUUAUCUGCUGGGAAUAACUCGCCAAGAUAUGUUGGGAUCCCGACCAGUACCUCGGAAAUAAUCUAUAAUGAAGAAAAUAGCUUGGAAAACUUGUCCAUCAGCCUGGGCAAGCUACCUCUGGCAUGGGAAAUUGAUAAAUCUGAAUUUGACGGGGUGAGCCCAAAUUUGAAACACAAAUCAGGCAGUGUAAAGAAGCAAGUUUCCAAGAAAAAAACGUCAGAUAAAAAAGGAAGGCAUCAGAGGGAAUGUCUCCAGCAUUCUCCCCUUGAAGAUAUUAAACAGCGGAAAGUGUUAGACCUCAGACGCUGGUACUGCAUAAGCCGGCCACAGUAUAAGACUUCCUGUGGCAUCUCCUCAUUAAUUUCUUGUUGGAAUUUUUUAUACAGCACCAUAGGAGCAGGGAGUCUUCCACCUAUUACCCAAGAAGAGGCUUUGCAUAUUUUGGGCUUUCAGCCCCCAUUUGAAGAUAUUAGGUUUGGCCCUUUCACUGGAAACACAACGCUCAUGAGGUGGUUUAGACAAAUUAAUGACCACUUCCAUGUGAAAGGAUGCUCCUAUGUUCUCUACAAGCCUCAUGGGAAGAACAAAACAGCUGGAGAGACAGCCUCAGGGGCCUUGUCAAAGUUAACCCGUGGACUGAGAGAUGAGUCGCUGGCUUUUAUCUAUCAUUGCCAAAACCACUACUUUUGUCCUAUUGGCUUCGAAGCAACGCCUGUGAAAGCUAGUAAAGCUUUCAGCAGGGGUCCUCUCUCACCACAGGAAGUAGAAUACUGGAUUUUAAUUGGAGAGUCCAGUAGAAAGCAUCCUGCCAUUCACUGUAAAAGAUGGGCAGAUAUUGUCACUGAUCUCAAUACUCAAAAUCCAGAAUACCUCGAUAUCCGGCAUUUAGAGCGAGGGCUACAGUUUCGGAAAACAAAGAAGGUUGGAGGGAAUUUGCAUUGCAUCAUAGCGUUCCAGAGACUUAGUUGGCAAAGAUUUGGCCUUUGGAACUUUCCUUUUGGAACCAUCAGACAAGAGUCCCAAACUGCCACACAUACGCAGGGAAUUGCCAAGUCUGAGAGUGAAGAGAGCAUCUCCAAGAAGCAGCAUGGGCGCCUGGGCCGCUCCUUCAGUGCCAGCUUCCACCAGGACUCGGCUGGGAAGAAGACGCCCAGCAUCCACGAGAGAAGGAACAGUGGCUACCACGGCUACAGCGAUUACGAUGGGAACGUGUGACUACACUGGGAUCUGAACACCUCAGGUGUCCACACAGCUGUUGUGUACAGGGCUGCAUUAAGACAGUAGGAGGUUUUUAUUAAGUCUAUUUGUAGGAACAGAUUUUGUGGUACAAAGCAUAACCAUGUAGUUCUCUAGUAAAUAAGCUUACAUGAUGACGAUGGGUGAUUUCAGACAUAUAGGCAGAUAAGCACAGAAUAUUGCCUAUAUAAAGUUAAGAGUAUAUAAACAGUGUGGACAGAGAGUCUUCACGGCAUCCGAUAGAAUCACCCCCGCUUCUAAACAGAAACACAAAUCUACUUAAGAGCAUCAAGAUUUGAACACUUAAGUAAGCAUGAGGUGAUUCCUUAACACUUGAUCCCUAGUCAUUUAUUACAGAUAACUAUUGCAGAUCAAGAUGCAAGGUACUGUCUACCCUUUGAAAUAUGGGGCUAUCCAUUUCUAGUUUUUGCUCAUGGUUAAAGCUUGUUUCAAAUUAUUUUGUGAGUCUAAUAGUUCAUUCACUUCCACCAGUAUCCCCCUUGCCUCACUUUCUGAGUAACAGUCUCAGGAUUCUUAAUCAAGAGGCAGAAGAGAAGGCUCAAGAAAUUGAUCUUUUCCAUUGGUGCAAACUGGUGACUUAGGGAGCUGACUCAGAUUUGUGUGUUACUGUGAACUAGUUACAGGAGCUGAGCUCUUGAACGGCACCCGUUGGUCUAGAAUAAGCCUCGUUCCAGGGUCAUCUGUGCAGAGAUCUUCUAAAGCUUGAUUGGUCCCUUAAAUGUAGUUGUGUGUUAAAAACAGCAUUGAGGACGCAUUGGUGAUGUGUAGCUCCCUCAAGAGCACAGUUGUCUGCAUUAUAAACUCUGAGUGCUUUCAUUUUGUGAACCGCAUAGACCUGUAGCUGUUUGAAGUGUUAAGUGUUUUGCAAGUGUGGACUUCAGUACUUGAGCUCCUCUCUGGCUGCUGUCAGUUCUCCUGCUGCCAACGUGUGACUCACAGCCUUGUGGAAUCUCUUCUGCUUUCCUGUUAGGGGCUCAUACCAGGAUUCAAGCCUGUAACUUGGGGAUUACAAGGUGCUGAGUGUGUUGGUAAGCAUACUGCAAUACACCUCCAGAAGAGGGUUCAGAUUUUUAUUUUUAAAAUAUUUUUUUUCUUUUUCCUCUUGAAUUUUAUAUCCAUUUAGCCACUCAUACAUUUCUGGCCUACAGAAAGGGAUAUAUAUUAAGAAAUGGUCAUUUUUCUGAAGAGAAUAUUUUGCUUGAAAUGCGAAAUUCUGAGAGAUUUGUAGGUUGUUGAUUUUGUUACUUCAUACUGGAACUUUUAAAAAGUUUUCAUCAAAUAAAGUUUUGUUUUCUACUUUUAA